UUAAAUGCGGAAGCUGAAGCUGCCAGUCAAGGGCCCGUCUGACAAGUCCGGCAGAGCCGGAAAGGGGUUAAGGCGAGCAAGUGGGUGUGGCCCGCUCGUUGAUUGGCAGGGGUGGGACCGGGCUCGUCACCCGCCCAGGCUACUCCAACCCCUGGGCGGGCGGGGGUACCUCCUGGGCAAGGGCCGGAGCGCCGGGCCGAGCCACCUCUCCCCCUCCCCCGCUUCCGUGUCGCGUUCCGCGGGCUGCAAGCGCUAGAGGAGUGGAGCAGCACCCGGCCGGCCCUAGGGGCUGAAAGUCGGCAAAGUUUGGCCCGAAGAGGAAGUGGUCUCAAACCCCGGCAGGUGGCGGCCAGGCCAGGCCAGGGGCGCUCGCGGCCUGCGGGCGGGCUGUAGGUGAGGGCGCGACCCAGUGCCGAGAUCCGGGACUUCGGGAGCCAGUCCUGGGAGAAAGAGUGCGGCGGCGGCCGCCGGAGAAAACAACUCCAAAGUUGGCGAAAGGCACCGCCCCUACUCCCCGGCUGCCGCCGCUUCCCCGCCCCCAGCCCUGGCAUCCAGAGCACCAGUCGAGCCCGGGCCAUGGAGCCCCCUUGGGGAGGCGGCACCGGGGAGCCUGGGCGGCCGGGGCUCCGCCGCGACCCCAUCGGGUAGACCACAGAAGCUCCGGCACCCUUCCGGCACCUCUGGACAGCCCAGGAUGCUGUUGGCCACCCUCCUCCUCCUCCUCCUCCUCCUCCUCCUCCUUGGAGGCGCUCUGGCCCAUCCAGACCGGAUUAUUUUCCCAAAUCUUGCUUGUGAGGACCCCCCAGCAGUGCUCUUAGAAGUGCAGGGCACCUUACAGAGGCCCCUGGUCCGGGACAGCCGCAGCUCCCCUGCCAACUGCACCUGGCUCAUCCUGGGCAGCAAGGAACAGACUGUCACCGUCAGGUUCCAGAAACUACACCUGGCCUGUGGCUCAGAGCACUUAACCCUACGCUCCCCUCUCCAGCCACCGAUCUCCCUGUGUGAGGCACCUCCCAGCCCUCUGCAGCUGCCCGGAGGCAACGUCACCAUCACUUACAGCUAUGCUGGGGCCAGAGCACCCAUGGGCCAGGGCUUCCUGCUUUCCUACAGCCAAGAUUGGCUGAUGUGCCUGCAGGAAGAGUUCCAGUGCCUCAACCACCGCUGUGUAUCUGCUGUCCAGCGCUGUGAUGGGAUUGAUGCCUGUGGCGAUGGCUCUGAUGAAGCAGGUUGCAGCUCAGACCCCUUCCCUGGCCUGACCCCAAGGCCCAUCCCCUCCCUGCCUUGCAAUCUCACCUUGGAGGACUUCUAUGGGGUCUUCUCCUCCCCUGGAUAUGCACACCUUGCCUCAGUCUCCCACCCCCAGUCCUGCCAUUGGCUGCUGGACCCCCAUGAUGGCCGGCGGCUGGCCGUGCGCUUCACAGCCCUGGACUUGGGCUUUGGAGAUGCAGUGCAUGUGUUUGAUGGCCCUGGGCCUCCUGAGAGCUCCCGACUACUACGUAGUCUCACCCACUUCAGCAAUGGCAAGGCUGUCACUGUGGAGACACUAUCUGGCCAGGCUGUUGUGUCCUACCACACAGUUGCUUGGAGCAAUGGUCGUGGCUUCAAUGCCACUUACCAUGUGCGGGGCUACUGCUUGCCUUGGGAUAGACCCUGUGGCUUAGGCUCUGGCCUGGGGGCUGGCGAAGGCCUAGGUGAGCGCUGCUACAGUGAGGCACAGCGCUGUGAUGGCUCGUGGGACUGUGCUGACGGCACAGAUGAGGAGGACUGCCCAGGCUGCCCACCUGGACACUUCCCCUGCGGGGCUGCUGGCACCUCUGGUGCCACAGCCUGCUACCUGCCUGCUGACCGCUGCAACUACCAGACUUUCUGUGCUGAUGGAGCAGACGAGAGACGCUGUCGGCAUUGCCAGCCUGGCAAUUUCCGAUGCCGGGAUGAGAAGUGCGUGUAUGAGACAUGGGUGUGCGACGGGCAGCCUGACUGUGCGGACGGCAGUGAUGAGUGGGACUGCUCCUAUGUUCUGCCCCGCAAGGUCAUUACCGCCGCAGUCAUUGGCAGCCUAGUGUGCGGUCUGCUUCUGGUCAUCGCCCUGGGCUGCACCUGCAAGCUUUAUGCCAUUCGCACCCAGGAGUACAGCAUCUUUGCCCCCCUCUCCCGGAUGGAGGCUGAGAUUGUGCAGCAGCAGGCACCCCCUUCCUACGGGCAGCUCAUUGCCCAGGGUGCCAUCCCGCCUGUAGAAGACUUUCCUACAGAGAAUCCUAAUGACAACUCAGUGCUGGGCAACCUGCGUUCUCUGCUACAGAUCUUACGCCAGGAUAUGACUCCAGGAGGUGGCUCAGGUGCCCGCCGUCGUCAGCGGGGCCGCUUGAUGCGCCGCCUGGUACGCCGUCUCCGCCGCUGGGGCUUGCUCCCUCGAACCAACACCCCAGCUCGGGCCUCUGAGGCCAGAUCCCAGGUCACACAUUCCGCUGCUCCCCUUGAGGCCCUAGAUGGUGGCACAGGUCCAGCCUGUGAGGGCGGGGCAGUGGGUGGGCAAGAUGGGGAGCAGGCACCCCCACUGCCCAUCAAAGCUCCCCUCCCAUCUGCUAGCACGUCUCCAGCCCCCACUACUGUCCCCGAAGCCCCAGGGCCACUGCCCUCACUGCCUCUAGAGCCAUCGCUAUUGUCUGGAGUGGUACAGGCCCUGCGAGGCCGUCUCCUGCCCAGCCUGGGGCCCCCAGGACCAACCCGGAGCCCCGCUGGACCCCACACAGCAGUCCUGGCCCCAGAAGAUGAGGACGAUGUGCUACUGGUGCCACUGGCUGAGCCGGGGGUGUGGGUAGCUGAGGCAGAGGAUGAGCCACUGCUUACCUGAGGGGACCUGGGGGCUCUACUGGGGCCUCUCCCCUGGGGGCUCUACUCAUAGUGGCACAACCCUUUAGAGGUGGGUCAGCCUCCCCUCCACCACUUCCUUCCCUGUCCCUGGAUCUGAGGGACUUGGUGGGCCUCCUGUUGACCCUCAGUCUAUGCUAUAAAGUUAGGUGUCCCUCAGGCAGGGAGAGCGCUCACAGAGUCUCCUCUGUACAUGGCCAUGGCCAGAGACCCCAGUCCCUUCACCACCACCUGCUCCCCGCGCCACCAUCAUUUGGGUGGCUGUUUUUAAAAAGUAAAGUUAUUAGAGGAUCAUAGGUCUGGACACUCCAUCUUUGCCAAACCUCCACCCAAAAGUGGCCUUAAGCACCUGAAUGCCAAUUAACUAGAGAUCCUCCAGCCCCCAAGGGGAGGAUUUCGGCAGAACCUGAGAUUUUGCCAUCCACAAUCUCUCCUACAAGGCCUGGCUCACAAAAAGCGUGCAACAAAUGCUUCUGUUCCAUAGCUAUGCGUUGCUCAGUAAGUUGAGGUAAAAAAUAAAGGAAUGAUAUAUCUCAAAA